AUGGGGCUCUUCUUCAAACUCUUCAUUGUUGGCUCACGUGAUGUAUGGAGACGAAGAACUGUAACGCAUUUAAGGAAAAUAAAUGAAAUGGCCCUGCCUUUCUGUGAUAUACAGCCUCAAGACCCAGAAGAGCCAGCUUCUUUGAUCCCCUUGGCUCCAGUGGGAGGCAGGGAAAUUGGUACUAGCGACGUGGCUCUGGUUCCCUACCAGAAAAGUUGUGCUCUUGUUGCCAAAUUAGCCCCCUUGGAAGAUUUAAAGAUCUACGCUGUUGCCGCUGUCACUAAGGCUGAUUACAAAGCCGCUAACUCAAAACAUGAGCAGUUCUGGAGGUACUUGGAGAAGUCAGGGGUGCUAGACACGCUGACCAAGGUGUUGAUAGCCUUAUAUGAAGAACCAAAGAAACCGAACAGUGCUUUGGGUUUUUUAAAGCAUCACUUAGGGGCUGCUACCCCAGAAAAUCCAGAAAUAGAGCUGCUUCGCCUAGAACCACUCAAAAUGAAACAGAAAUAUGAAGCUAUUGCAGAAGAAAAUAAAAAACUGAAAGCAAAGCUUUCUCAGUAUGAACCACCUCAGGAGGAGAAGCAUGCUGAAUAGGAUUCUUCUCAGUUGAAAAGACCAAAAA